AUGAACCCUCACCCCCACCCUGUCCCAGACUACAUGGAGUCCCUCAUCGUGGUGACCGAACCGGGCGCACCCCUCUUCAGAACCCCCUCCUGCGGCCAGCUGUCCCACGCUGUGGGCCGCCCCGUGGCCCUGUUCCCCAUUCCCCAGGAGCACCGGGGAAGACUAAACCUGUCGGACAGGAAGCUGUCCCUGCAGGAGCGCUCCCAGACGGCCUCGUCUCCCUGCAGCUCCCCAGGGCUCAACGGCCGCUUCAUCUACCCCUCGCUGCCCUACUCGCCCAUCACCUCGCCCCACUCCUCCCCCGGCUGCCCCGUGAGGCCCACCGUGGAGUCUCACCGCGUCUCCAUCACUGACCUGCAGGACUGUGUGCAGCUCAACCAGUACAAGCUCAAAGAUGAAAUCGGAAAGGGCUCAUAUGGUGUUGUCAAGCUGGCCUACAAUGAAGACGACAACACCUACUAUGCAAUGAAAGUGCUGUCCAAGAAGAGGCUGAUGAGGCAGGCAGGUUUCCCACGGAGACCGCCCCCCGCGGGCGCCAAAGCAGCCCCUGAAGCCCCUCAGCCCAAAGGACCCCUGGAACGGGUCUACCAGGAGAUUGCCAUCCUGAAAAAGCUGGACCAUCCCAAUGUAGUGAAACUGGUAGAGGUUCUGGAUGACCCUGGUGAGGACCAUCUGUACAUGGUGUUUGAGCUAGUCAAACAGGGGGCUGUGAUGGAGGAGAUGCCCACGGACAAGCCGCUGAAUGAAGACCAGGCACGGUUCUACUUCCAAGAUCUGCUCAGGGGGAUUGAGUUCUUGCAUUACCAGAGGAUCAUCCACCGGGACAUCAAGCCCUCUAACCUCCUAGUUGGGGAGGACGGUCAUAUUAAGAUCGCUGACUUUGGGGUCAGUAACCAGUUUGAGGGGGAAGACGCCCUACUGACAAGCACGGUGGGCACGCCCGCCUUCCUCGCCCCAGAGACCCUCUCCGAGACCAGGAAGAACUUCUCUGGCAAGGCAUUGGAUAUUUGGGCCAUGGGAGUGACGCUCUAUUGUUUCGUGUUUGGAGUGUGUCCCUUUAUGGAUGAACGCAUCCUUAGUCUUCAUCAGAAGAUCAAGACCCAGCCAGUGGAGCUGCCAGAGCAUGCAGACAUAUCUGACGAUCUGAAAGACCUGCUACUGAAGAUGCUGGACAAGAAUCCAGAGAGCAGGAUAUCAAUACCACAGAUUAAGGUGCACCCGUGGGUGACGAGGCACGGAGCGGAACCCCUCCCUCUGGAGGAUGAUAACUGCUGCAUGCUGAUUGAGGUGACCGAGGAGGAGGUGGAGAACUCUGUCAAACACAUCCCCAGUCUGGCCACUGUGAUCCUGGUGAGGACCAUGCUGAGGAAGCGCUCCUUUGGGAACCCCUUUGACUGGGGCCGUCAGAGGACCGAGGACAGAAUCACCAGUCUGUCUGCACCGGGACACAUGCUCACCAAAGGGAGAGCGGGCAAUGUGAGAUACUGCUACAUUCAUAGUAACCAAAGAAGGAAACAAGAGAGCAUGGAGGGCAUGAGAAGUAUGGACCUGCCCUUCGUGGGAGAAGAUGAGGCUCUUUCCUGAUGCUGUGUGGUUUUUAAGCGCGAGGGUUGGGGCAUGCUAACGACUCGACUUGCAGUCCGCCCUCAAGCCCACCCUUCACUCACUGCUUUAUCUUGUGGCGGACAUCAAUGUUUUUUUUUUUAGGUGGACGGGACUGUUGGAAGAGCUCCAGGACUUGUAUAGAGAUGUGACUGGAGCCUGGACACCCUUCUGGGGGAAGCUCCCUCAUUGUCACUCACUAACCCCUUGUCUGUAAUGCAUGCUCAUGUUUCUAGUCAUAGCAUGCUCUGUCUCAGGCUUCUGAUGUACAGGUCUGUUAGCCUAGGUACCUGUGUUUCUCCACCAUUUGAAAAGGCUCUCACGUUUACUGCAGGGGUAUGGGGGCGGGAGGGAGGGAGGGGGUGUUUGUGGAUGGGUGUACAUUUCAAAGGAUGACUCCUGGCCCCCACAUUUCAGCAGAGCAGAGUACUUGACUAUUUAUGGUUGUCUGUACCACUCAUCAAUGUGGACAGUUUAGGAACAUUCAUGUUUUCAGUGGAAACCUGUAUAGGAGAGGUUUAUUCAUAGUAUGGAUUUGUGUCUGAUUUCUCAAUGCAAACAUUGUAGAAGCGACAUAAGUUGCACAUUAAUAGAAUUAGUUGUUGCUGCACAAUCUAUUUGUUUUAUUAAUUAAGUCCUCACUAAUGAUUCAUUGUAAAAUGUCUCCCAGUUACUACAACUGGUAAAGAGCUUUUGAAAACCUAAUGAAACUAAAUGUUUCUAAUAUAUGUGUUUAGCAAAGGGGAUGAUAGUGUUGAAGCUGAAAUCGAAAUCACGUUUGUUUCUUUUUAUAUGCUAAUAGAUUUACAGAUCUCAUUUUCAGAACACCAAAAAUAAAAUGGUUAUCAUAUUUUGUAAAGUAAUAGCAUUCAUAGAGAAACAAACCCCCAUUAAACAAGUGCAUUGCAAUGUCAUUGUGAAAUUGUAUCAGUUACUGGCUCUUACAAAUUAAUUUUAAUACCAAGCAUAAAGCCUAGUGCGGCUACAGACCUCUUGUACAAUCUAUGCAUGACAUAUCUCUUAUGGAAAUGCUGGAAUUAGUUUGACAUGGAUAAAGAUGUCAUCAGAUAUGGUAAGAUACAAACGAGAUGGUAGAACUUCGACAUUGCCAGUAGAGUGCAAUCUUUUUAAAUUCUCCGCUUUUUCUACAUUUUUAGAUGAGACCAAAGCGGUUGAAUAAUCUCCCCAGUUCUCUAGUGGCAUGUGUUUUUAACCUCGCCCUUUUUACAUAUAGUUAGACAAUGUUGGUGUACAGAUCACUUCAGUCACUGAAGAUGUUUAUGAUUCCAUAAGAUAUUAUUGAAACAACAUUAAUUCAACAAUGAAUGCUUCCACAUAGUGAUUAUUUCAGCACCAAAGUGUCAUUUUCUUGCAUGUCACUGCUGUAUGUGAAAACACUGAAUUGUAUGUUGUGUUUUUUAAGACUUACUAUGCACUCUGUUGCAAUGCUGGACCCUCUCAGUCAGCCUGUCAUGUAUGCUGUGUUGUUAGAUGGUAUCUGAGUGAGGAGGUCUCUGUAUAGCUGACCACUUACAGUGUCUUCAGAAAGUAUUCAUACCUCUUGACUUGUUCCACAUUUUGUUGUGUUACAGCUGGAAUUAAAAAUGAAUUAAAUAGUA